AUGAACGAAAUAGACGCCAAAAUUUUAUUGAAAAAGUUUGAAGGUUAUGAAGAUGCUUUGGAUCCCAAUAGCCUCAGCCUUCUUUCCAUCUUAAAAUUUCGUAGAACAAAAGACGGCUUCUCCUUUGACAAGCAUUAUGAACAUUUUACGAUAUCCAGGUUCAUGUUGUAUGUCGCAAAAAUCACAACAGACGAAAAGUGGAAGAAAGCGACUUCCGUUCUCAGCGAGGGAACGCUAAAGGCAAGUCUAUCUUUAUAUUUAAGCCUGUUAUUAGUAAAUAUAGAGAUAGGGAGGGAGUUGGGCUACGUGUCGAAACAACCACCUAAGUGGCUUGGCUACGCGUCAGGCUGGGAAUGGGUUAAUAUAUCCGGUGGGCUCCUCCUAAGUCUGUGUGAAGGCCAAAGGCUAAUACGUCUUAGCGCCAAGAGCUACAUUCAAGCACAAAGUAAAGAAGUAAAAUUGUUUUGGACAAGUGUUGAAACGGAAAAAGUCGAAUCAAAGAAUAAAUUGUUGGAGCUGAGAAUAAAGCAAGCUGAAAUUCAGUUUUUUGUUGAUCGUACUCUGGCGGGAAAUGCGGCUCAUAGAAUCUUCGACCAGAAAAAAAUAGAUUAUGCCUUGAACCUAAAUAAGAAUAGUAUCGGAAAGCACUCAUACGAUAAAGGUAUGGAAGAUGCAUGUUCAUACAAAUAUCGACGUGGUGGAGAAGAUGAUGAACCAUUACGAACCCCAGAAGAAAAGAUAAGAACCGUUACAUACAGAGAAAAAGAGUCAUCCACCUCGACCAUGUCCUACAUCCCAGCCAUUCCAGUAGAGUCUUCCAUUUCAACCGAUCUGGUAAUCGAUACAAGGGACGAAGGAAUAUUUAAUAUGAUGUUACGUGAAACAUAUCUAAAGAUACGACAAGAUAUCCGCAGUUGCCUUUCACUGAGAGAUUGGAAUAUUGAAGAUUAUAAUGUCUCAAGAUCUUUUCGCGAUUAUCAGGUCGCAAAUAUAGACAAAUUGGAGGAUGAUGGGAUUUAUUUCUUCUCGUCAAAUAUUGAAGAAAUCUUAUCUCUUCACUAUAUAAUGAUGAUUGAUUUAACCAUAAUGAAAAGGCCGACAUAUGUAACUGUGGACGAGCGGCGUUGGCGUGCUUCAAUCCGUCAACCAGUCCAACUUGAUCCGGCGAGUUUCUUUGGAGAUAUCAUGAACGAAUACGAAAAAGUUAUAAACGACAUCGAUGAGCUUCGUUUGAAAUUUUUCGAAAUAUGGGGCAAGUACUGUGAUAAAGUGAUUUAUUCGGACGAAGAAAGACGUCUUUUUGAGACGACUCAAAUUGUGGCACGCGGAUUUUAUGAGAGGAUGCAUAUGUACCCGGAUUCAGGUAAAGAUGAAAACGAAGAUACCGUUAUGCACGAAUACAUACACGAUACUUUCAAGGAAACCUUCUGGGAUUCUAAAUAUGUUACAGUAUGGGCGAAUUCCGAAAGUUUAUCAUCAAAGGAUUAUCGCUCCACUCAUGGUCGUUCACAAGAAAAAAUCGAUAUAACUAUAUAUAGAAUUAUAGAAAAAGGAAAAUGUGAGGAAUCGUGUUUCGUUGAAGCAAGACCUUUCUCAAUCACAAGAACAAGUAAAAUUGAGGGAUAUAACCUUUACAAAGUGGCCGUCUUUUGCCAAGGUGCCAUAAACAACAUAUUAUUACGUGAAAAUGUACCACGAGUACAGACUUUUGGAGGGCAUAUAUAUGAAGGGUACAUAUAUUUCUGCAUGAUGGACCUGGAAUACGAUGGCAUCUAUCGUUUCUUUCAACUAUCCGAAGUCAAGAUUGCCCGAAGGCUUUCAGAAUUUAAUUUUGUGCGGAAAUUAAUAUUGGAAACGUAUUUUUUUAAGCGUCGUAUCGAUAAUUAUUACUCUAAUCGAUAUAAUCACAAUAGAACUCUUUGUUCGAGUAGGUUUGUCCGUAAUCCAACUGUAACACCUAAGGCGCCUAAAAAUGCAAUCCCGGACUUUAUUCUGAAGAAACAGAAACCAACAAAAAAAAGAAAAAACAUUUGA